UAAUAAUUGUCUUGGCAACUUAUAAACAAAUAGAAGAAAAGGAUGGAAAAGGAUACAACCAUAAUGAGUAAUUCUCAGGUAAAGGAGGGAGUAAAGUCAGUACAGAAUGGCGAGUCACAGGAAGAAGACAUGAAACACUGUGGCCAUGGCAGCACUGCUCAGCCAGAGAAGAACCAAAUCAAUGCAACAACAAAAGUUGUUCCUGAUCAUUCAGCCCAUCCAGUAGAAUUAAAUGUGGAAAAAGAAAAAGAUUCUAACUUUUCAGCUGCACCAGUUGUGACUGAUAUGAAAACAGAGACGGAUAACUCUAAUGCACCUGUUGUAUCAAGAAAAUCAAGGCAAAAGAAGGAUGCCAGUGGAGCAGGGAAAGAUGCCAAGGAAUCAACAGCCAGUGAAGUUGGGAAAGCAGACAAAAAAAAAACUAAAUCAGAACCAAGAACAGAGGCACCUCUUACAGAAGAACAAAAUACUAAUGCUACUGUUACAUUGACAGCUGGAAAAAAGAGAAGGCAGACGGUGGUUAAAAUGGAAGCUAAGCCCGAAAGUCCUGAUGAAGAUGUCACUGGUUCAGAAGUUCCAGCCACAAAGAAAAGAGUGGGAAGACAGGCACAGGAAAAGUCAGUACCUAGUGACAGCAAGGUCCAGCACUGCAAUAAUGACGAAAAUACUGAGGCUAUUGAAGUAGGGACAAAGAAAAAAGGACAUGGGAAGAAGGUUGUUAAAGAGGAAUCUAGCUCACAAAGUAGUGAAGUGAAUCCUGAAUCAGCAGUUCUGAAUGGCAAGAGACAGAGAUCAAGACAAAAUAAGGUGGAAGAUGAAUCCAGUCCCAAGAAGCCUAAGCAAGGAAGUAAAGGUACCCAGAAUAUAGCUGAAUCUAGUCCCAAAAAAGCUAAACAAGAAAACAUCGAUUCCCAGAUUAUAGCUGAACCCAAUAAAAGAAGAGGCAGGAGUAAUAAAGCAGAGACUCACAAUGGCACAGGGGUGGAUGAUCCAGCUGAACCAGACAAAAAGAGAGGAAGGGGUAAUAAAACUGAGACUCACAAAGGCACAGGGGUGGAUGAUCCAGCUGAACCGGACAAAAAGAGAGGAAGGGGUAAUAAAACAGAGACUCACAAAGACACUGGGGAGGAUGAUCCUGCUGUGCCGGACAAGAGGAGAGGGAGGGGUAAUAAAACAGAGACUCACAAAGACACUCAACUGGAUGACCCUACUGAACUGGACAAGAAGAAAGGGAGGGGUAAUAAAACAGAGACUCACAAAGACACUGGGGAGGAUGAUCCUGCUGUGCCGGACAAGAGGAGAGGGAGGGGUAAUAAAGCAGAAACAAACAAAGGCACAGGGAUGGAUGAUCCUCCUGAACCAGACAAGAAGAAAGGGAAGGGAAAUAAAACAGAGACUCACAAAGGCACAGGGGUGGAUGAUACAGCUGAACUGAACAAGAAGAAAGGGAGGGGUAAUAAAACAGAGACUCACAAAGGCACUGAGCUGGAUGAUCCUGCUGAACCAGACAAGAAGAAAGGGAAGGGUAAAAAAACAGAGACUCACAAAGGCACAGGGGUGGAUGAUACAGCUGAACCAAAUAAAACAGAGACUCACAAUGGCAAAGGGUUGAAUGAUCCAGGGGAACUGGACAAAAAGAGAGGAAGGGGUAAUAAAACAGAGACUGAAUCGGACAAGAGGAGAGGGAGGGGUAAUAAAACAGAGACUCACAAAGGCACAGGGGUGGAUGAUCCAGCUCCUAAAGUUCAAAUGGGUAAAAAACAGAAACAAGAUGCAGAGGAACAUAGAAUUUCAAAAUGGGAAAAAAAUGUUGCAAAGUACAAGUGGGCAAAUAGUGCUAAGGACAAGUAUGUAGGAGCCCAUGUAUCCAUUUCAGGAGGGCUAUAUAAAGCUGUUCUGGAAGCAGAAGAGUUAGGGGCUAGAGCAUUUGGGUUAUUUUUGAGGUCCCAGAGACAGUGGGCGAGUAAACCUCUCGAAGACAAAGAUGCACAGAGGUUCAAAGAUACUUGUAAAGAAAAUGGCUAUCCCCCUCAUGUGAUUGUCCCACAUGGCUCGUACCUGAUGAACUGUGGCUCACCUGACGACGUCAGUCUCCAGAAAAGUCGGGACCUCCUACUGGAAGAGCUCCAGCGAUGUGAGAAACUAGGCCUCACAAGGUUCAAUUUCCACCCAGGUUCUACGUGUGGAAAAAUUUCUGUAGAGGAAUGUUUGGACAGGAUUGGAGAAAGUAUCAACCAGGCACUGGCAAAAACACGAGGUGUCACAGCAGUGAUUGAGAACAUGUGCCGCCAAGGAAGCACUGUGGGAGGAUCAUUUGAGGAGCUGAAGGGAAUUAUCAGCCGAGUCCACGACAAAAGCAGGAUUGGCAUUUGUUUGGAUACAUGUCACAUGUUUGCUGCAGGUUAUGAUAUUUCAACAGAAAAGGGUUACCAGAACAUGAUGGAUGAAUUUAAUUGUGUUGUUGGCCAAAAGUAUCUGAAAGCCUUACACCUGAAUGACAGUAAAGCUGAAGUUGGGAGUCACCUGGAUAGGCAUGAGAACAUAGGACAAGGUAGGAUUGGUAAAGCUGGAUUCCAGCGGAUAAUGAAUGACCCUCGACUAAACAACAUUCCCAUGAUUCUAGAGACACCCUGUCCCAAGGAUGACACUUACGAGAAAGAAGUCCGAAUUCUCUACUCCAUGUGUAAGUGAGAGCCAAAAUAAAGGUCCAGGGCUUUGACUGAGAUGGUGUAAAGAUACAUGUUCUUGAUUGUGAACCUGGUUUUGAUUUUCGUUUGU